AUGCCCAAAGUCUUCUUGGUGAAGAGGAGGAGCCCAGGGGUCUCUGUCCGCAGCUGGAAUGAGCUCCCGGAUGAGGAAAGGGCAGACACCUACAUCCCAGUGGGCCUAAGCUGCCUGCUUCAGGAGCCCCCCGAGGAUUGCCGCAGCGACGGCGGGAGCAGCAGCGGCGGCGGGAGCAACAGCGCUGGGGAGCCGGUAGGCACGGAGAGCAGCUCGUCCCCGCGCGCCCCGGAGCGCAAAGCCCGCGAGCCUGGAGCCGCCGAGAGCCCCGGUGGACACCUGGCGGCGAAGCAGCGCCCUGCCGCCAGGUCGAAAAUCAAGUUCACCACAGGCUCAUGCGAUGAUUCAGUGGUUCACAGCUGUGACCUGUGUGGCAAGGGUUUCCGCCUACAGCGCAUGCUCAACCGGCACCUCAAGUGCCACAACCAAGUGAAAAGGCAUCCAUGCACUUUCUGUGGCAAGGGCUUCAAUGACACCUUUGACUUGAAGAGGCAUGUCCGCACACAUACAGGCAUCCGCCCUUACAAAUGUGAUGUUUGCAACAAAGCCUUCACUCAGCGGUGUUCCCUUGAGUCCCACCUGAAGAAGAUUCACGGAGUACAGCAGCAGUAUGCCUACAAGCAACGCCGGGACAAGCUCUAUGUCUGUGAGGACUGCGGAUACACGGGCCCCACCCAGGAGGACCUGUACCUGCACGUGAAUAGUGCUCAUCCAGGCAGCACACUUCUCAAAAAGACAUCCAAAAAACUAGCAGCUAUUUUGCAGAACAAGCUGACGUCCACACUGCAGAGGAAUGACAACCUGAAUGAGAAGAAGUGAGGAGAAGGAAG